AUUGAAAACGCCUGUUCCGUCAAACACAUCACUUAAUGAUUAUGAUGAUUAAGAAAGUCACGUGGAUGCCCAGUCAAAAUAUAUAAAUACAUCCACGCAUGACUCAAAGGAAUGUCUACCUUGAGAAUCACUCCUGGGGCUUUGCAGAAGAGUUCAAAGGUUACGCCAAAGAUGUCAAUGUUGCUACUGAUAACUUCACCAAUUACGGCUCCGGUGCCACAGGUGGCUUCCGGGAUUUCACAUCCUAUGACGGACGAGUUAACGUGCCGAAUCUUGGAUUUAUCUUGUAUGAUUCCGACGCUAAUUCUCAUAAGCUUUCAUUUUCAAGCUAUACCGAGGAGGCAAAUGCAGGCGCUGAAGCGUUCACAAGCUACGGAAAGAAUGACAAUGCAGUUCUGUCCCAGUUCAACAGCUACAGCAACGACGCCAACAAUAUCAGGUCGGAUUUUAUGAGUUACGGCGUGUCGGGGAAUGCGGCGAACGACUCGUUUAAAGGAUAUGGUGAUUCAAGGAACACUCCGCACAACAAUUUCAAAACCUAUGGCGUCGGUGCCAAUUCAGGAAUCGAUAAAUUCACCAGCUACCUAGACGGUGCUAAUUCUGGAGAUGAUACUUUCCAAUCUUACACAAGCCAUGCCCAUUCCGACGAAGUGAAUUUCGCCAACUAUGGGAAAACAUUUAACCCAGUGAACGAUACAUUCAAAGAAUACGGCAGAGGUUCCUUCAGUGAUCCGACGAUUGGAUUCAAAACCUAUGGAUCGAAUCCUAAUUUUAUAGAUUACCACAAAAAGGGUGUCACUUUCAACGAAUACAUCGCCGACGAAAUUUCUCCGGCGAGCAGUCCCACACUUUUUGUGGGGAGUUGAGGGGUUGAUUUGCCACUGCAGGGGAGUUGAGGGGCUGAUUUGCGCGUGAAGUGGGUUGAGGGGGUGAUUUACCACCAGUUGUUGAGUUCAGGGGCUGAUCAGCACCUUUUGCCAACUUAUAACAGAUGCCCAAAAAAUAGAAAACGGUGCAAUAGAAACAAUCCCUUUAA